AUGCGAGAAUAUCUAUCGCGCAUUGUGCCACACGAGCGCGCUGCUAAGCUGUGGCAGGCUGUGCCGCCGGCUGUAGAGGAAGAAUGGCGGGUCAUGCUCGAUGGGCUGAUAGGCCUCGACGAUGCGUCGAACGCAGAACUAGCAACGUAUGAUGUACCGUACGAGUUAGCACGCAUAAACUCAGAACCUUCCAGUACACCGCACAUUGUGCGCAUGAUGGAUUACGUCCAGACUGAGAUCCAGGCAUCCAAGCGCUCCGACAUUCUACUCCUAGGCUAUAAGUCUACGCCUGGCAUAACGGCUCGUGAGCGCUGGACUAACACACACCCCAACACUAUUUUGACAUCCUUGCUCCUGAAUACGGUAUGGCAUAUACUGUUAGAGCGCCUGGGUAUGCCAGUGUUUGCCUAUCUUUUGUUACACAGCAGCUUCUUCCUCCCGCUGGACGCACAAGCGCAUGAUACGUACGUCCAGAUGUGGGGCAUCCCCCUCACCGAGCGUCAGCCACGUCGAGACAGAAAUCUCAGCAGCGUGUCGCGGCCGACAGGAUCUACCAGCCUCACUGUGCCUAUGCAGCAAGUCUACUUGCCUCGCUCGCUGCUAUUUUAUGCACGUCCACACAUGAUCGCCCGGCGCGGCGUAUGCUUGGGCCUUCCACCAGAGCACCCUUUCCAGACAACGACGCUGCCUACGCAUUAUGAGCGCCGCGUGCACACUGCCCGCAUUGUCCAAGGCAUGUUCCCCCAGGCCUUUGGGCAGGGCUAUGCAUGGGAACCCCGCGUACCAAAACGUGUGCGGCGAUGGCCAAAGCACCUGCAAGCCGUGUCUUCACUCGUAUCGGCAAUGCUAAAGCGGCACGCCAAAUUCCGGUACGACCGGGCACUGGAGCUAUGCUGUCCUAGCGCCCUCCCACGCGGCCGCGCAGCUCGCGCGCGGCGUAGCCGACUGGCUACUCAGUUUGCCGGUCCCGAGACAGCUGUCGCACCGUGGCCCCAUGCCAGUACGCAGGUGGACGCAUCACUGACCCGUGCGUCCGUGUCGCGCAUGGCGACGGAGCCUCGGUUCUUCAAAUAUGCCACGUCAGCGGGUCGCGUUAGCUGGUUCGUGCGCCUGGUCCUGCAUCAUGUCGUGCCGUUCGCCUUCUUUGGCAGUGUGCACAACCGGCGCAUUGUGUGCCGGAGUGUGAAGCGCCUUGUUCAGGCGCGGAGGUAUGAGCGUGUGUCGCUGUUUGAUGUACUGCAAGGCUUCCGCACACGCGACUGUGCGUGGCUUGCACACCCCGAUUCGCACUGGGUUCAGCGCCGACUAUGUGAGUGGAUGUGGUGGCUGUUUUCCCAGCUUAUCAUUCCCCUGCUGCGCACGACCUUUUAUGCCACGGACACAGCAGCUUUCCGUCAGCGUGUGCUGUACUUCCGCCAGGAUGUGUGGGUGCAAGUUAGUCGACCACUUUUGGAGCGCCUGCGCACCGACCUCUUUGAGCAGGUGCAUGAGCCUGUCCAUGCGUCUGUGCCCUAUGCAACGGUGCGCCUCGUGCCCAAAGAGACGACAGUGCGCCCGAUCAUUAAUCUACGCCGCCGUAUGCCUGGUACCGGACGAUCAAUGAAUGCGCACCUGCAGAGCGCCUUUGAUGUGCUCUCGUAUGAAGCUGCACGGCAGCCCGAGCGUCUAGGCGCGGCAGUUGGCAGCAUGAAGGGCCUAUACAUGCGCCUCAAAGCCUACAAGGACGUCUUGCUUGCUACAUACGCCCAACUUCCGCGCCUAUACAUGGUGCGCGCAGAUAUUCGCGCAGCAUUCGACUCACUCGACCAUACACAACUCCUCAAGGUUGUGCGUGCUUUGCUGCCAAAAGAGGCGUCGUACGUCGUGCAGCGUUACACGCACAUCCACACGACCGAUCGGCAUGUGUGGCGCGUCACGAGCCGCCGCGCCUGGCCCGAUGCGCAGUACCCCAGUUUUGUGCCGAGUAUGCAGGGCCAGGCGUCCACCUGGCACCAUGUGGUGCUGAUGGACGGCGUCACAUACCCGGUGGAGGAAGCCUCCGAGAUCCUCGAGCGCGUUGAAGCGCAUAUUACACGCAGCUUGGUCCGCCUGGGACCUGCACUGUAUCGCCAGAGGAGGGGCAUACCCCAGGGCUCGAUCCUAUCGAGCCUGCUGUGCAAUCUGCUAUUGGCCGACGCGGAGCGCACGUACCUCCCGCUCGACCCUGGCGACUGUCUGUUGCGGCUCACCGACGACUACUUAUUCCUAUCGCCGAGCCUGGAGCGUGCUCGUGCCAUGUGCCUGGCGCUGUACCGUGGCUUUCCCGAGCACGGGUGCCAUAUUGCGCCUCAUAAAUGUCUCGUCAACUUUGAUAUGUUGCUGCCUCACGGCUACGUGGUGCCGCGCAUUGCGGCGCAGGCACCGUUCCCGUGGUGCGGCGUGCAGAUUCACCCGUGCACACUCGGGAUUGCAUCGGAUACCCAAAGAUACCCCUUCCAUAUGGGCGACACACUCUCUGUGCGUCGCGGCGGCCUAGGCGCCAUGCUGAUCCGCCUUGUGCGGCAACGCACUAUGGCUAUUUUCACUGAUACGGCGCUCAAUACCGUCGCGGGCGCGUAUGCCAAUCUGCUCGAAUCCUUUGUGCUGGCUGCGGCCAAGCUGCAUGUAUGGCUGCGCCACCUGCCCUAUGCGCAUCCGCCGCAUGUCCUGCGCACUAUCACGCACGCCGUGCUCAGCACAUGGCCGCUGCUACGCGUUCACACACGCGCAGCAGCACCAGGCGCCCAGUUUCAUCUGAAGCGUCGGUGCGUCGAGUGGCUAGGCUGGUUUGCAUUUGCACGCGUGCUGCACCACUGGCGCCAGCACGACGAACUGGUAGCUCAGCUGCACCGCACGCAGCUCGAGGCGCCGCAGUCGACUUGCCCUUGA